AUGAAGUGCCAUCACAUCAUCUCUCUUGUUCUUGCGCUUUCUGCCCCUAUUGCUGCUUUCAAAGAUAAUGGACAGCUCCAGAAGGCUGAUGGUGAAAAGAAUACCACCUACGUGACCAGAUACGUUACAGUCUGUCCGACUCCCAAGACCUGUGAAUUUGCAUCACCCACGGCAGUUCCAUCUACAAGAUCACAUCCGUCAGGUUCUCGAUCAAGCGAAUCCGGGAAGCCAACUGGGUCGUCAUCAGCUCGUCCAAACUCAUUUGUCAAGCCAACAAGUCCACCGCACCCUACUGGCUCUGACAGUAGCUCCCACUACCUUCCAACUAGUGCGGGCAAUACCAGAAGCAGCAAUUCGACGACCCCACAACAUCCCACCGGCUCUAAAAGCAGCUCAUAUCGUAUGCCAACAGGCACUGGGCGGACCAGCAGCAGGACUUCAGUCAACUCUACCUCGCAAUAUUAUCCUACUGGUUCUAGCUACAGCAGUUCGGUAAAGAUAACUAAAUCUGCCAACACCACCAAAUCAGAGACCCACCCAACCAGCUCUAGGGCGAGUGCGUCUUCCUCAUCAACCACAUCUGCCACCUCAUCCUCGGUACGCUCGUCUCCAACCGAAUGUGUUCCUAAAGCCACCGCGGUCCCCAAUCCUCGAUCUGGAUCCACCUGCGGCAAGAAGGGCGGCACCAGCGCUACCGGGAUUGCAGACUCCUACACCACUGAUGCGUCUUCAUGCGCUCUGGCCUGUCACUACAAAUCUCGCUGCGUUGCCUUUUCCUACGAUACCAGCAACCCAGACCUUCCCCUCUGCAGAUUGUACGCUACGAGGGUGUCUUCUGGAAUCAAUGACUAUGGUAUGUAUACGUUCUAUGACUCUACUUGCUUCCAGGUAGUGGAGGAUUGUCUGUCGCGGAAGAAGCGGUCGGUGGGAUUAUCUGAGGAGGAGAUUAGGAGGAUCAUUAAGGCUUAG